AUGGACGCGCUCCGCUCGGCGAUCCAGCCGAUCACGCACAACCUGCCCGGUCCGAUCCGCGACCUCGGCGAGUCCAUCAUCGGCGACGCUUGCUACAAGGCGCUCCUCCUCGAUGUCGACCUCGAGAACACGGCGUGUGUCAAGCUGGCCGUCAGCAAGGGCCUAGGCAUCGGCAUCGUGGGCGCGUCGUCCAUCGUCAAGGUGCCGCAGAUUCUCAAGCUGGUGCAGUCGCAGUCGGCCAGCGGCGUGUCGUUCCUCUCGUACCUGCUCGAAACCAGCAGCUACCUCAUCUCGCUCGUCUACAACGUCCGCAACGCCUUCCCCUUCAGCACCUACGGCGAGACCGCGCUCGUCCUGGGCCAGAAUGUCAUCAUCACCGUGCUGGUGCUCAACUACAGCGGCAGGGCCAGCAUGGCGGCCCUGUUCGUCGCCGCCCUUGCUGCCAGUGUUGUCACGCUGUUCAGUGAGAACCUUGUGGACAUGCAAAACCUGAGGUACCUCCAGGCCGGCGCCGGUGCGCUUGGCGUGGCGAGCAAGGUGCCUCAGAUUCUCGCGAUUCUGCAGGAGGGUGGUACGGGGCAGCUAAGCGCGUUUACCGUUUUCAACUACCUCCUCGGCUCGCUCGCGCGCGUCUUUACGACAUUGCAAGAAGUGGACGACAAGCUGAUCCUAUACGGAUUCGUCGCUGGGUUUGCGCUGAACCUCGUGCUCGCGCUGCAGAUGGUCUACUAUUGGAAUGCGCCGUCGGCUAAGGCUAAGGGCAAGCAAAAGGAGGUUCCCGUGGCGGCGCCGGUCUCGGCUACCACGACAUCAACACCCAAGAGCAAAGGGCCCACGACUCGUCGCCGUGGUUAG